AAAAGGGCCGCGUCGGCCUCGCGCAAGCCCGCCCGCCCACCCACCACGGCCCCGGCGAUGGCCGCCGCAGCCAUGGACGGCCUCGACGAGGAGUCGCUGCAGGAGCUGCGGAGCCGGGCGACGCGGCUGCUGCUCAAGGAGGACUGGGAGGGGUACGCCGCCGUCUGCUCCCGCAUCGUCCACGGCGCCGCCGCCGCGGACCGCCGGGUGCUCUGCUCCGCGCUCGCCCACCGCGCCGACGCCCGCGCGCGCCUCGGCGACCGCCCCGGCGCGCUCGCCGACUGCGACGCCGCGCUCGCCGCCGACCCGGCCCACCCGGCCGCGCUGCUCGCCAAGGGCGCGCUCCUCCGCGGCCUCGGCCGCUACGCGCUCGCCGCCGACUGCCUCCGCGCGGCGCUCCCCGCGGGCGCCGGAGGCGCCGACGAGGCGCGGGAGAUGCUCGAGCAGUGCAGGCGCCUCGAGGCGCAGGCCAGGAGCGGGGCGGUGGACCUGUCGGACUGGGUCCUCGCCGGGUUCUCCGGGAAGUGCCCGGACCUCGCGGAGUACGUCGGCCCGGUGGAGGUGCGCCGGUCCGCGCACGGCGGCCGAGGGGUCUUUGCGGUGAAGGGCGUUGAGGCGGGGGCCACGCUGAUGAUCUCCAAGGCGGUGGCGACGGGGAGGGGGGUGAUCCCGGAUGCGGCGGACAGCGACGAGAAGAUGGUGGUCUGGAAAGACUUCGUAGACAAGGUGCUCGACGCCGCGGAGAGGUGUCCGAGGACGGCGUCUUUGAUCUAUACUCUGUCCACCGGCGAGGAGCAGGAAGACGAGCUCGCCUUGCCGGACAUGGCAGUGUUCAAGCCAGAAUCAGAGGAUCUCAGCGACGGCGUACCGGAGGCUGGCAUUGGCACACGAGAGGCUCUCGAUGUGGACAGGAUCAUGAAGGUGCUCGACGUGAAUUGCUUGACGGAGGACGCGCCGUCUGCCAAUCUUCUCGGCAGCAAUGGCAUCGUCAACUGCGGCGUGGGGCUGUGGAUCUUGCCGUCGUUCCUAAACCACUCCUGCCACCCCAAUGCCCGGCGCACCCACGUCGGGGACCACGCCAUUGUUCACGCCUCGAGGGACAUCAAGGCCGGGGAGGAGGUCACGUUCCCCUACUUCGACGUGCUCACCCCGGCGGGGAAGCGCCGGGAGGCGGCAAGGGCGUGGGGGUUCGAGUGCCGGUGUGACCGGUGUCGGUUCGAAGCCGAGGACGCCGUUCUCAGGCAGGAGCACGUGAGAUCAGAGAACGAGCUGGUUAAUGGAGGAGUAGACAUGGGAGCACUGGUGGUGAGGCUUGAGGACAAGAUGAGGAAGUCCAUGGUGAAGGAGAGGCGAAAGGCAUUCGUGCGUGCAUCAUUCUGGAGCGCGUACUCUUCAUUGUUCGACAAUGGCAGGUUGAUGAGGAAAUGGGGGAGGAAGGUUCCCGGAGAGGCCGUCAUCGCAGAGAGUGUCGCCGGCGCGGUCGGUGGCAGCGAGAGUGUACUGAGGGCAAUGCUGAGGGGCGCCGACAAUGGCAAUGGCUGCGGCAAUCGGCUGGAGGUUGAGGACAAGGUGGUGAGGAUUGGGAGGGCUACCUAUGGCAAGGUAGUGAAGAGGCAGGCAAUGAGGGCUCUCUUCAGACUUACACUGGAGGGUGACAACAGCAAAAGCCUCUAGGUUUUUAUUCUUUAUUCGUUGGUUCAGAUAGGUUUGUUGCAGCAAAUGUUCUUGUUUGCUCGGUGUUUUGUAAUAAGAGGGUGGCAGAGAGUCAAGAUCAUCCAUGAGAGCUCUAUUUCUAUACUCUCUUGGUCUUGGUUUCGGGUAAUUCUUCCAGUGUUUGACAAGAAUUCCCCAAUUUUAACCAUGUCAUUUAUCAAGUGAUGUACUUCCAAGCAAUGGAUUAGGAUUUAGGAAUGAAAUUGUGCCUUACACAUA